GCCUCGAACGUCUCAAGCCAGCCGCUGACGAAGCGGCAUAGGCUCGUUGAGCGUCAUGAAGGUCUUCGAGACGAUGUUCGAGUUCCCUUUCCCCUUCAAGGAGACGGCGCUCGGGGUCUUCAUGAAGUAUCCCAACCCUCACGCAGAGCAUGUCAUCUCUGUCGAUGUCAUCGAUCGCUCCAUCCUUCCAGACGGAACAAUACGGACUGAACGUAUACUGGGCGUCAAGCAGAGUGCGCCCCGAUGGGUCAUGAAGAUCAUAGGAGGGCAGGACGAGACGUACGUGAGAGAAGUGACGUUUGUCACACCUGGGCAAGCCGUUCGGCCCCCAAGCGUUCUCAUGUCAUCCAUCAAUUUAUCGCUGGCGGGCGUCAUCACUUGCCGGGAAAGGAUAGCCUAUACGCCUCACUCGGCUGCGAGCACACGCUUCAGACAGAUAGCGCAGAUGCAAGCACAGGGCAGUCUAGAUGUCGACCGAGGGACUUGGGCAUCCAUUGGCAAACGGAUAGAAACGUGGAGUAGAGAUAGAUUUGCACUGAAUGCGCAUGCUGGCCGGGAAGGACUAGGCCGCCGACUUUGCUCGACCCCAUCUAUGAUCGUCAGUCAGAGCCAUCCCGAUGGAGCCUCUGGCAAAGUAGACGAGCUCAGUAUGACACCCAUGAUCGUCACGAUGUGCAGACUAGACCCUAUGCAUGCUGUAGAUUCGUUCCAUGCCAUCACACUCGUUGAGCACUAUCGCCGUCGUACUCAAGCCCAGGCAGUCCUUGGCCUGCCUCGGUUGACAUUUCGCUUGAUCAUGUCGCAAACGACAGCAUUGACGACGCCUUCGGGCAAACCUAUCGGUCCUCUGCCGCGCAAGAUAGCCCUCAUGGGCUCACGUAGCGUCGGGAAAUCCUCCUUGGUCGUUCAAUAUGUGGACAACCACUUUGUAGAGAGCUACUACCCGACGAUCGAGAACCACUUUAGCAAGAUUAUCAGGUACAAGGGCAAAGAGUUCGCUCUCGACAUACACGAUACUGCCGGGCAGGAUGAAUUCUCUCUGAUGCAUACGAAGCACACCGUUGGCCCUCUUGGCUGGGUACUCGUCUAUUCUAUCGCUUCGAGAGCGAGCUUCAACAUGCUCAGGGUCAUAAGGGACAAGAUUCUCGAUGCACGCGGCGAGGAAACUAUCCCUCUCGUUAUCGUGGGCAACAAGCUUGAUCUCGAGACACAAAGACAAGUACCCAAGGAAGAAGCGCGUAAGCUCGCGCAAGAGUGGAAUUGCGUCUUCAUCGAGACCUCGGCCAAAGACAACGACAAUGUCGCCAAAGUCUUUGAGGACAUCCUCAUUGAGAUUGAGAAGAAGAUCAAUCCUGCUCCAGAAGCAAAGUCGUCUUGUGCAAUCAUGUAACUUUCCUCUGUCUGUCUUUCUUGAUCUCGAGAUCUGAUUCAUCCUGUAUCGCGCUACCGUAUCCGAUCGUCUUGUAUCAUCGUCGCAAUCUGCGUCGCACUGCAUAUCUGUCUUGCUU